CUGCUGUUCACCCCCUCCCAGUCUGAGCUGAGGCAGGGAGCUCCAUGUGAGUCAGCACCACUCUCUGCUCACCCACCCACCCACAGAAUGGGACACUUGGCCCUCCGCCUCCUCCUGACCACCCUUUGCCAGUCCCUGCUGCCCAGUGGCUCCUGGGGCAUCGGCUCCAUUGACCACGAGAGAGGAAGGGAGGCCAAAUGCCAGCCCAUCGAGAUCCCCAUGUGCCUGGGAAUUGGCUACAACAUGACCCGGAUGCCCAACUACAUGGGGCACCAGAACCAGCAGGAGGCAGCCAUCAAGCUGCACGAGUUUGCCCCCCUGGUGGAGUACGGAUGCCACGUCCACCUCAGGCUCUUCCUGUGCUCCCUGUAUGCCCCCAUGUGCACCAGCCAGGUCUCCACCUCCAUCCCAGCCUGCAGACCCAUGUGUGAGCAGGCACGCCAACGCUGUGCCCCCAUCAUGGCCCAGUUCAACUUUGGCUGGCCCGAGUCUCUGGAUUGCAGCAAACUGCCCACCAGGAAUGAUCCCAACGCUCUGUGCAUGGAGGCACCUGAGAAUGCCACCGGUGAGCCACAGAAAGGCCAGGGCAUGCUGCCCGUGGCCCCUCGGGCCAGGAUCCCAGGACCAGCUGAGGGCAGGAACCAGGGUCCACUUGGCUCCUGUGCCAACCCUGACAAGUUCCAGUACGUGGAGAAGAGCCUGUCCUGUGCCCCGAAGUGCUCCCCAGGGGUGGAUGUCUACUGGUCCAAGGGCGAUAAAGACUUUGCCUUUGUCUGGAUGGCCGUCUGGUCCACACUGUGCUUCAUCUCCACAGCGUUCACUGUGCUAACCUUCCUGCUGGAUCCUCAUCGCUUCCAGUAUCCCGAGAGACCCAUCAUUUUCCUGUCCAUGUGCUACAACGUCUACUGCGUGGCGUUCAUCAUCCGCUCAGUGGCCGGGGCUGAGAACAUCGCUUGUGACCGGGAGAACGGUGAGCUGUACGUCAUUCAAGAGGGCUUAGAGAGUACAGGCUGUACCAUCGUCUUUCUCAUCCUGUACUACUUCGGCAUGGCCAGCUCCCUUUGGUGGGUCAUCCUGACCUUAACCUGGUUCCUGGCAGCGGGUAAGAAGUGGGGCCAUGAGGCCAUCGAAGCGCACAGCAGCUAUUUCCAUAUGGCAGCCUGGGGGGUGCCAGCCAUGAAGACCAUCAUCAUCCUGACCAUGAGGAAGGUGGCCGGCGAUGAGUUGACCGGCCUGUGUUAUGUCGGCAGUAUGGAUGUCAGUGCUCUCACUGGCUUUGUCCUUAUCCCUCUGUCCUGUUACUUGGUGAUAGGGACCUCCUUCAUUCUAACUGGCUUCGUGGCUCUCUUUCACAUCCGCAGGAUCAUGAAGACAGGUGGCACUAACACGGAAAAGCUGGAGAAGUUAAUGGUGAAGAUCGGGGUCUUCUCCAUACUGUACACUGUCCCGGCCACGUGCGUUAUUGUCUGCUAUUUCUACGAGAGGUUGAACAUGGAAUACUGGAAGGUACUUGCCUCUGAGCAGCCUUGUCUGGCCUAUCCAGGGAGACGGAUUCUGGACUGCACCUUGGACAUCUCAGUGCCCACCGUCGCUGUCUUCAUGUUGAAGAUCUUCAUGUCCCUGGUGGUGGGCAUCACCAGCGGGAUAUGGGUCUGGAGCUCCAAGACCCUGCAGACUUGGCAGAGCUUGUGCAGCAGAAAACUGUCAGUGAGGACUCGAGGGAAGCCCUGCAGUGGGGUCAGCUGCUCUGCCAGCCACUGCCACUACAAGGCGCCAUCUGUCAUGGUGCACAUGAGCAAAACGGACCCUUACCUGGACAAUCCAACCCAUGUGUAACUAACACCAGGAUGAACACAAUCCAAAGCUGAGGAGGUUGAGGAUGAAGAAGCUAAGACCGGUUCUCCCUUCACACAACAGGAAAAGGAGGAAGAAGAGACAGAUCAAAGGAGCUUUCAUCUUUCAGCCAGGGAACAGAAGCAGCACCUUAUUAAUACUUGAGAUGGAAAAUCAAGAUCUUUCCUUGAUGGACAACCAGCAGAAUCCUUGUUACCUGACAGAGCUCAUUCCCAAAGUCUUCCUGCAUCCUGUCUCAAUGAAAAACUCACUUUCUCACAUCUUAUUAAUUCAGUACACUCCACAUAAUUAUUUAUUGGGGCCUGCAUUUUGAGGGUAAGAUGAUCACUGCUGUCCAUGUAGUCAAUCAAUUUAUACUUUCCUGCACAGUAUUUCCUUAAUGAUUUCAAAUAACAACUACAGAUACGGGGCCUUAUAUUAGCGAAUGAGGUUAGACUAAAUUCAAAUCAGUCCCAGUCUUUGUUUAUCUUUGUUG